GUGGUCCUCUACAGCUAUGGAGUCCCCAACCAAGGAGAUUGAAGAAUUUGAGAGCAAUUCUCUGAAAUACCUUCAGCCAGAACAGAUCGAGAAAAUCUGGCUCCGGCUCCGAGGGCUGAGGAAAUAUAAGAAAACAUCCCAGAGGUUACGGUCUCUGGUGAAACAGCUGGAAAGGGGGGAGGCCUCCGUGGUGGAUCUGAAGAAGAAUCUGGAAUAUGCAGCCACAGUGCUGGAAUCUGUGUACAUCGAUGAAACCAGGCGACUCCUGGAUACAGAGGAUGAGCUCAGUGACAUCCAGUCGGAUGCCGUGCCUUCUGAGGUCCGAGACUGGCUGGCCUCCACCUUCACCCGGCAGAUGGGCAUGAUGCUCAGAAGGAGUGAGGAGAAGCCCAGGUUCAAGAGCAUCGUCCACGCAGUGCAGGCUGGGAUAUUUGUGGAGAGAAUGUAUAGACGGACAUCAAACAUGGUUGGACUGAGCUACCCACCAGCAGUUAUUGAAGCAUUAAAGGAUGUGGACAAGUGGUCCUUUGAUGUCUUUUCCCUCAAUGAGGCCAGUGGAGAUCAUGCACUGAAAUUCAUUUUCUAUGAAUUACUCACACGCUAUGACCUGAUUAGCCGUUUCAAGAUCCCCAUUUCUGCCCUUGUCUCGUUUGUGGAAGCCCUAGAAGUGGGAUACAGCAAGCAUAAAAAUCCUUACCAUAACCUGAUGCACGCGGCUGACGUGACGCAGACUGUGCACUACCUCCUCUACAAGACAGGAGUAGCGAACUGGCUGACGGAGCUGGAGAUCUUCGCUAUCAUCUUCUCAGCUGCCAUCCAUGACUAUGAGCAUACUGGAACCACGAAUAACUUCCACAUCCAGACUCGGUCUGACCCCGCCAUCCUCUACAAUGACAGAUCGGUGCUGGAGAACCACCACUUGAGUGCAGCCUACCGCCUCCUGCAAGAGGACGAGGAGAUGAAUAUCCUGAUCAACCUCUCCAAAGACGACUGGAGGGAGUUUCGGACCUUGGUCAUCGAGAUGGUGAUGGCCACUGAUAUGUCUUGUCAUUUCCAACAAAUCAAAGCCAUGAAGACUGCCCUGCAGCAGCCAGAAGCGAUUGAAAAACCAAAGGCCUUAUCCCUGAUGCUGCACACGGCGGAUAUCAGCCAUCCCGCGAAAGCCUGGGACCUGCACCAUCGCUGGACAAUGUCCCUUCUGGAGGAGUUCUUCAGACAGGGUGACAGAGAAGCUGAGCUGGGGCUGCCCUUUUCUCCUCUGUGUGACCGGAAGUCGACCAUGGUUGCUCAGUCACAAGUAGGUUUCAUCGACUUCAUCGUGGAGCCCACCUUCACUGUGCUCACAGACAUGACCGAGAAGAUUGUGAGUCCGUUAAUUGAUGAGACGUCCCAAACCAGUGGGACGGGACAGAGACGUUCAAGUUUAAACAGCAUCAGCUCAGAUGCAAAGCGAUCAGCCGUGAAGAGCUCCGGGUCAGAAGGAAGUGCCCCCAUCAACAGUUCUGUCAUCCCUGUCGACUAUAAGAGCUUUAAAGCCACUUGGACGGAAGUGGUGCACAUCAAUCGGGAGCGAUGGAGGGCCAAGGUGCCCAAAGAGGAGAAGGCCAAGAAGGAAGCAGAGGAAAAGGCUCGCCUGGCUGCUGAGGAGAAGCAGAAGGAAAUGGAAGCCAAAGGCCAGGCUGAAGAGGGCGCAUCUGGCAAAGCAGAGAAAAAGACAUCUGGGGAUGCCAAGAAUCAAGGCAAUGGAACUCGUGCAAACAAAACUGACAACCCUCGUGGCAAGAAUGCCAAAGCUGAGAAGGCCUCUGGAGAAAAGGCACAGAACGGUGACUUGAAAGACAGUAAAAAUAAGACAGAGAAGAAGGAUCACUCCACCGUCGGAAAUGAUUCAAAGAAAACAGAUGAUUCAGAAGAGUAAAACAGACCUCAUACACACUAGAAAGAGGCUUCCAAUGCCCCUCGUCAUUUUAGCUGAGCUUCUUCAUUCUCCCUCUUCCACAGAGACCAAAAGCAAGCCCCCGACACUUGGCCUUCUCUCAUGCAUCUCCUCCCAGGGGAGGACUCUGGGAGUUGGUUUGAGGUUUUAGAACUCUGGGGGAUUUCCCCCUAAGCAAACAAAACAACUUGAGAUUUUUUGCACAGAGAUACACCGUGAAGGGACCUCCUGAAAAUCCUUUGCUGGUGGCCUGGCUUUCAAGGCACCUGUCUGGCCUGAUGAGAAUGGACAUCCUGGAUGUGCUGAGAGAGGCCUGGAAAAGCCACCGACACAGUAACUGCCGUUUUAUUACUGUCAAUGCCGUUACGUUAAGUGUUAUUUUUACACUGGCUACUGAUGAUGGAUUUAGCCACACUGGCCUUCAUCAAAGCUAAGAUGAUUUUAAUGUCUGGUUCUUUUCCUGAAUCAGGAUCAUUCAUUUUCUUCCCUUUCUUUCCAGAUUUAGACAUGCUCCUGUGUUUUCCUAUUUGUAUACUAUGAAAUUCUGUGUUGUUUUUUUUUUUAAGAGGAUAUGACCUUAAACAAUUCUUUACUUGAUGCUUAUUUUACCUGUGCAUUAAUAUAAAUCUGAAUGUUUCAGCUGAUGAUCAUACAGUUCAGGCAAGAACCCCAUUGUUUUCCUUGGGUAGUAUUCAUAGCUAAAUGGUUACUGAAAUUUUGACCACUGGCUAUUCCUCUUCUACUGGGUACUUGUAGAUCGACUGUCGUUCUUUAUUCAGGGAUGUGCUAAUGGAACUGGUACCAGGGAGCUAUGCCAGUAAUUCAUUUCGUUUCAUGAGUCAUUAAAAAUACCAGAAGGAGCUGAUUGAUAGCACAAAUGGAAAGUAGUAGGUGUGGUGUGGAAAGAGGAUAGAGACACAACCUGUGAGAUCGGAUUAAAAGUGAAAUCCAGUGGUAUGCAAGCAUACGGUGACUUUGUGAGUCUAAACGGCUUGAUUGGAUAAAAGAUUCUUCAAGUGGUUAUGGGUCACUAAGGAGUCUUCAGGUUCUUCCCAAGAGCAAAUUGUGUGACGAUGCUAUGAAGUGGGAUUAAUACUAGGAAGUGAGCAAGGCAGUAGUCUUAAGUGAAUUACCCAUUGCAGAUUUAAUUUCUAGAUUAAAAAGAAAAUAGAUGUUUUAAAAUAUUGAUGUUUUUGAAGAGACAGUUACAGAAUCUAUAAGGCCUUUCGGCUUGCUGAAAUGUUCGCCAAAGAUUUGAAGAACUUUGUUGUAUAGAAUGUCUAGUAACAUACUGAUAAUUGAGCAGAUUUGUUCUGUCUGAUUUAUUCUUUGCCUUGUAAUACCAGUUUUCUGUUGCCCUUUCUGCUUUCCUACCAGUGACCACAGUAGAUCUGGUCACACAUUCAAAUGACUCCAGGAGCCUAGCACAUCAAGUAAAUAAGUAAAGUGAGACAUGUAAUGUCACUGUUACGAGAGGUGGCAAUUCAUAGCAGACUUUAGUGUUAGGAAGAGAGAAGCAGCGAGUACUGUGAAGAACUGGCGAGAGUUGGAGUGAGUGGGUACUUUCAAAAGGGGGCACUUGGUAGUCAGCUGCUGGGUUUAUGCUCCAUAGGGAUGGGGAUCCUAGAUACCUAGGAUUUUAUGUAAACCACCUCUAGAUUUUCACAUACUGGCAACCAACUCAAACAUACACUGUGCUGGUCGAUCAAACAUGUCUAUGAACUGCAGUCAACCCAUGGACAUCAGUCUGAAAACUGUUCAAUUAUCAGUAAGCUUUUUUCAGUCUCAGUAACACUUUUCAGACAUCAGUGAAACCAGGUAUAUUCAGUUCUUGACCUUGAAGCACAGAACUUUUACCUCAUUUGUAAUCUGUAUUUUUGUAGCAGGAGCUUUUUGGCCAGAAUGGAUUCUACAGCUUCCAUUUUAUAAUCUGUCAGCAACACUAAAAGUGUUUUGAAAAGAAACAGGAAUAUAGCCAUUUUUCCUAGUACCAAUAAAGAUGGAAAUAGCUCUCCUUUGCUUUCUGUCAUUAAUUAGUGGGAAAAGAAUGGGAAGAGCAUUCCAUUCAGUAUUCGAAGUCAGCCAAGACCAUUCGGUGACAAGAAGUGAAAGCUCCCAGUCACCCAUUCUAAGUUGUAAAUCCUUAAGUGUUUCAAGAGACGUUAAAAAAAUAGACCUGACUUUUUUAGUCAAAUAGAAAAUGUGAUUGAGCUAUGGAUUGAUGGUGGAGCUAAUAAAACAGUGAAGUGAUCAUUUCGAGUCAGUAUUGCCCAGAAGAAUAUUUCCAAAGCUCUAGCUUGUUUUUCUGUGGUCUUUGUUCUCUUGGAAUACCUUUCUUCCAGUUGACUAACAACAUGGGACAGACAUCAUUCCACUGCGCUGAGGGCUUUUUACACUGGUUUACAAAGUUUGGGCUUCCACACCUGAUUUAAGAAUUGCCCCAUGUAUUGGGACAGUCCCGACUACUGCUGAACCAUGGGUUCUUUUAUACGUAGAUGCUUCAAAAGGGACAAAUGGAGUCAGCCCUUGAGUUUGGGUCCCAGCAUCACCGAAUAGCUCUAUAGUCAAGUUGUAGCCUUGCAGAAGCCUCUGUCCCAUUUUUUAAUUCCUGCCAACUUUUCUUAGGUUCUGAGCCCAAGUAAUUAUGGCGGCAGACAAGAAACUCAUUUCUAACCCAUAAAAUUCUAAUUUUAUGACUUUUCCCCUACUGUCCAUUUCAUCGAGACCUUUAAAGGCUAUCAAGGAGGAUCCAUUAUUGAUCUAGCAUAUUUAAAUAAAGUAUCUAGACAUCUAAAAGCCAAAUUGCCUGAUGGACGUGUUCAUUUCACUUGUAGAAUUUAAGCCAUUAUACGUUCCUUCUGGAUACAUGAUUUUAGGAACUGAAAGCGAGAAGUUCAGAACCAUGUGUCACAGGAUACGAGAACAGACAAGACACUGGAGAGCAGUCUUAUGAUCUGCAUUUUGGGAAUAAAAGUCUUCUAUGCUCUUGGAUCACUUUUGUUUAGCUAGAUUAUGUAGGCAGGUAGAACGAUCUUAAGUAGAUAAGGAUAUGUAGUGUUUUCUUGACAGCUGCAGAGACUUCUAUGACAGAAAUCACUUUGUAACAUUCCCUGUGGAGUAUGGGGAAACAAGAAAAAACACACAGAACCUUUCUCAAGAGAAGGAAGAUUCUGAGGUUGGAAACCUAUGUAUGCAAUAUUGUUUCUCAAAGCAGAUUUAGGGAAUUCAGGCCAACAUUUUUCCCCCCAGUUGGAAACUUUGUUCUCUUAAUUUUUAAAUGCCCAUAUGCCUGACAUGAGUUGCAGUACUGGCCCACCACUGUGCCUGGCACAGAGCCAGCCUCUGGAAACACAUGCAGAGUUGUUCAAUGGAGUGCCACUACCCACCUAGGAAUAAAAAGUUCAGUUCCUGAAAACGUGUCCAGCUUCGCCCAUAUACCAAGCACAUCACUUUUGACAAGGCUUAUAUUCUAGCUGUGUACAGUCAUACCCUCACCACACGAGCUUUUAAGAGAUGGGAAAUUGCAGGUAACUUAGGGGACACUUGUCAGAGUGAAGUCUGAAUUCUCUACCUUAAGAAAAAGAAUCAUACCCAGUCAGGAUUUGCCUGAGAACGCUCUGCCUAAAGGAGUGACAUCAGGGUACAGGAAACACCUCUGGAAUUAGAAGCUGUGCUGAAGUUUUAAAAAUGAAAACUCCAUAGGAGCAGAUAGGAAAUCCUCUAGGUGCAGUUAAGGAAGCAGUUCUCCGUUCUGCCCUACCACCCUUAGGACUGAUGGCACCCAGCUAUGGCCAAGUUCAACAGUCAAGAAAGUGAUGUUGCCACAACGAUUCUGUCUUGGUCCUUAUUUGUGAAUGAGUGUAAAAUGAUACUUGUAAAAUGAUACUUGUACUUCAGUGAUUUAUGAUUAAAGGCUUUACUACUUAGAAAAUGAGCUUGAUAAAACUUGUGCAGUGACAGUAUUCCUAUGAGACAUCUCCUGGAAACUAAGAGACACGUCACCUGCCAAGGCUGUGUCUUCGAGGUUUGCCCUCAUUAAGGACACUGAUGGAUGAGGAGGUGAUCCUAGAAUUAGAAGGGCACCAGAGCCAUCAACAUCAGACAGUUAAUCUGAUAAGUGAGCUUAGACUCAGAGUUUGGAAGAAUGGGAAGUAGGCAUCUGGGCAUUCACCAGUCACUUCUAGAAACAAUUGCUCCUCAGGGAAAGCAAGCAAGAAGAAUUUACAGGGAUGGAAGUCCAAUUGGAGACCUGGACUGAAAGGGUUGUACAUGUCCAGUUCAACCUCUUAUUUUCUUAAAUAAUACUCCCAUCCUACUUAAUCUUUAAAAUAUCAGCAGACGUAUUUGAGACAAGUUCAGAUUUGCUCUGGCUUCUGUUGCCAAGCAGAAGUGGAUUAACAGCAGCAAUGAUGGACUUCUCGAAAGGAACCUGGACCCAGCCUUGGUCACCUGGGGAAGUAAGGAGCUCAUUCAGGGCAUACUUGCUCAGCAUCCCAUGUGUGGACUUAGCUCCAUCCAGGGUUAAGUGCUGGCUGUGACAGGUCAGAGUUGAUAACAAGAGAACCCACCCUCUCAGCUUUGAUCAAGUCCCCUGUGACUCAAGUCCCAUCCAUGCGUUCUUCAUGGAACUGACUCCUAAACCUAUAGAAGCAUUUUUCAAUUUAUGGUGCAUAGUAGCUCAUUGGAACUAAAAGCCCAUUACAACCUAAAGAGUAUGGGAUGAUUUAGGGAGAUUGCCCUACCCUACUGGUACUUCCUGAAGUAUCUUUGCUUCUCCAUCAUGAUCCAUCUCCGGGUAGGGAUUUGUGCACAACCAUAUAUGUGAUCGCAUAGAAAUAACAACAAUGUACAUCAAUUUAUAGUAAACACAGCCAUAGGCAUUGUCUGGUAGCUGAUACUACAGAGAAUUAUAGAGUACACAUUUUUUUUCCUUUUCUUGCUGAUAUUUUUAUACAGUUUUAUAUGCUGUAAGAUUUUUAAAAAUAAAAAUAUUUGCUACUUUCAUUAGUAGAGCUCAGAUUUUUAGCCACUCUUGUACCCAUUGUACAGCCAGAUCUGCACCCACCCUAUCUGAUUUAACUAUACUCAUCCUUUUCUUUGCCUUCCCCUGCUUCUCUUCUCCCAUUCUUUUCGAUCUUUCCCAAGUCCCUUCUUUUGCUUCUGUCCAGGUAAGCCAUUUUGUUUGCAGUAUCAUUUUAGCACAGAGAAGCAAAAAAAAAAGGAAAAACAAA